AUGAUAACAAGAUACUACCGUUUUAUGCAAUUGAAAGCAUAUCAUCCAGCUAAUAUUCUAUUGAUUCCUACUAUAGAUAUUGAAAUUGUUUGGCAAACUCAUUUACUUCGACCUGAAAUAUAUCAAGCCGAUUGUCGUCAUUUGUUUCGUCGAGUUAUUGAUCAUUCAUUAUUAAUCAAUGACAUUCAACAACAUAUUAAAGAACAAGCAUUUCAAGAUACUUGUCAAUUAUAUGAACAAAGAUUUGGUGAACAAUAUUGUCCAUUAACAUCAAUCGAUGAGAAAAAAGAAGCUAAGUCAAAUGUUUCUCACGAUAGUUCCGGUACAUUCUGUUGUAUCGGUGAAAAUUAUUCUUAUUGGGAUAAUACAUAUUACAAAUUUCCAUUGAAAAUACCUAAAGAUUAUGAAAAUCCUUUUUCAUUUACGGAUGCCGAUAUAAUCAUAGAUAUGAAUUGGCUUGAUUUUUGUAAACAAUUUAUGGCAAAUCCGAAAUGUAAUAGUCGUUUUUUUAAUCAUAAUCUGGAUCAAAGACAUAAACUCAGAUUUGGACACGAUGCGAUGAAAAAAUUAGAAAAAUCGUAUGAACGGUUUUUAUACAUGGCAGCUAAAUAUCCAUUGAAAGAUGGGAAUGUUUUUAUAUCUCCGACAUAUGCGAUUGACAUCAUCUGGCAUUCUCAUAUGCAAGAACCAUUGAAAUAUGUAGCUGACUGCAUUCGUCUUGUUGGCUAUGUUAUUAAUCAUUCUCCAUGGCCACAAAUUGAUGAUCAUACUAUGAAAAAAUCAUGUGAUAAAACGAAUGAUAUUUGGAAAGAAGAAUUUGACUCUGAUAUAACAACAGAUCAUGUUUAA